AUGACAGCGGGAACUGUUGUUAUCACCGGGGGAAUCCUAGCCACGGUGAUCCUGCUGUGCAUCAUCGCCGUGCUCUGCUACUGUAGGCUUCAGUACUACUGCUGCAAGAAAGAUGAAUCUGAUGAGGAAGAAGAGGAGGAGGAGGAGGAGGAGGAGGAAGAGCCUGAUCUUCCUACUCACGCGCAUCUCGGCAUGUGCAAUGCCUGCAACUCUCGCGUCGUGGACGGCCAGGGCAGCCCCGCGCCACCACCGAAUGAGCUCAGCCAGCGAGGCGCUCACAACUACUGCCCCACGUGCUCACCCUAUGGCUCCCCCUUCUACAUACGGACUGCUGACAUGGUGCGCAACGGGGGCGAGCGCAUCACCUACACGCCCGCGUGCUACAAGGAGAUGGGGCAGCCCCUUGGCAUGGCGGCCCUCCAAGGCUACCCGGUGAGCCGCCACGGCAUCCUUCGCGAGAGCUUCCCAAACCCGAGGGCUGUCAGCACGGAGGUGUAACCACCGUUGUCACUCUCACAGGGUGCUUCAAGCAGGCGCCCGCUCGAGGGAGGGGGCUUUUCACUUGUAUUUGAGGGGGUUCGUGCAGAGAGGACCCCGUA